UAUUUAUAUUUGUGGAAAUUAUAUUGAAAUGAAUUUGAAUAGAAAACAUUAGAAUAAUUAAAAAUUGAUUUUUUAUCAAUAAAUUAAAGGUAUUCAUUACAUGCGUCUUGUGAGACAGUUUAGACUAAAAGAAGUUUCCUAAAAGUAACAUUAGAAGGCGCUUCAAUCAACUCCGAUUUGCUCAAGUGAAAACAUUAAAGUUAGAAUGAUUUGAAUAAAAAUUUUAAAUCAUUCUUUGUAUAAUACAUAAAUUAAUCAUAAUUGUGGCAGGAGAUGUAAAAUUAUUUAUUUCUCACUAUUCGUAAUUAUGACGUUUUGUCAUCAGAAUGAAGAAUUGCUAACUAAAUAUUUCCUAGAUGCAUUAUGUUUAUUCCAUAAAACACAAUGGAUUUAUAACCAUCCAGUUACUGAAAUAUUAGUUAAAAGAUCAUUGGAUGAUAUUCCUAAAGAAUGGUUAGAUGUAUUGCAAUCUUUAUCAAAUGAAGAACUUAACAACUUUGUUGUUAACAAAACAUUGCCUGCAUGGCCUAAAACACUUCAGAAUUUCAUAGAAAAAUGUAAAUAUAUUAAUAAAUUAUCAGAUAUAAAUCCUUCAAUAAUAUUAGAAGUGCCACAACAAUUUAUAAAAGGAUUAAAUCCCAAAAAACAGCAUGAAAUAAUGCACUUGGCACAAUUGAUACAUGCACAAUGUAAAACACAAAAGAUAGAUGUUAUUGUUGAUUUUGGAAGUGGUUUGGGAUAUGUUUCUCAAUUACUGUACUACUUAUAUGGAUAUAAAGUACUUGGAUUAGAUGGGAAUGAAACAAAUAUAAAUAUAGCUCGCAAUAGACAAAUGAAAAUAUAUCCAACAUCUGUAAAUCAUGUUAAAUUUGCAUUUUGUAAAUUAUCAUAUCAUUCUAUAGAAACAAUAGAAUUCCUUGUAUUCUCUGAGUUUGGAAAAAUUGAUAAUCUUUGUUUUAUUGGAUUACACGCCUGUGGAGACUUAAGUGUAUAUGUAUCUAAAAUAUUUUGUAAUAUGAAAAAUGCACAAUUAUUGAUUUUGAUUUCGUGUUGUUACCAUAAACUUUCUAUAUCCAAAAAUGGAAAAGAAAUGCCAAAUAACACACAAUAUUUUGAUAAUUUUCCAAUGUCACAAUGCCUUCAGAAAGUAAUUGCUAAUUCAAAUUUAGAUACUAGUACAUUUUUAAGACAACCAUUUUUACGAUUAGCAUGUCAAGAGGCAGCUGAAAGAUGGAUUAGUAUGUCUCAAGAUUCACAUGAUACACAUGCUUUUCACGUACUUGCUAGAGCAGUGGUUGAAUUAUAUGUAAAAGAAAAUAAGUUUCAUUUAAAAAAACGAGUUCGAAAAGCUACAAGACGAUCUCAAUGUUCUAGCAUUGAAAAUUAUGUGAAGGAUACAUUAUUAAGAUAUACUUUUGAACCAAUCAAUGAAGUAAUGCCACAAAAAGACGGCAAAAUUAAUUACCAUGAAAUAAUCGAAAAUGAUAUAAUAGAAUUAUGGAAACAUCAUUGUCAAAGAUCAAAAGAAGUAGAAAUUUAUACUGGUCUACAAUUAAUUUUACAAGCACCAGCAGAAUCAAUAGUCUUACAAGAUCGGUUGUGUUGGUUACAAGAACAAGGCUUAAAAGCAACUAUUUUUCCUGUUAUGAAUAAAAUAUUAUCCCCACGAUCUAAUGCUAUUAUAGCACAAAAAAUAAAAAAAAAUAUAAUUAAAUAAAACUGCAAUAAUAAAUUAAAA